UGUCACGUCAGAUUCGUCUGAAAAAUCGUCAAAUUGCAUUCUCAUUGCUGGAUUGGGGUUGUGUUCUCCGGCAUUUAUUCCUUGAAUUUUUCGUCAGUUUUUUACCAGUUGCCUUGCCUGUUCGUCUAAUAAUGCCUGCGACAGAAAAUCCCGUGAAAAAUGUCGUUGUACAUCCUCUCGUUUUGCUGAGUGUUGUCGACCAUUUCACUCGUAUGAGCAAAAUCGGCAACCAAAAGCGAGUGGUUGGUGUCCUGCUUGGCGGUCUGAGAAAUAAAGGAGUUUUGGACGUUUCAAACAGUUUUGCAGUCCCUUUCGAUGAAGAUGAUAAGGACAAAUCAGUUUGGUUUCUUGAUCACGAUUAUUUGGAGAACAUGUCCACCAUGUUCAAAAAAGUAAAUGCAAAGGAAAAGGUGGUCGGAUGGUAUCACACUGGCCCCAAACUUCACCAGAACGAUGUGGCUAUUAACGAACUCAUCAGACAGUACUGCCCCAAUUCUAUUUUAGUCAUCAUUGAUGCUGAACCUAGAGAUAUGGGUCUCCCAACAGAAGCUUACCAUGCAGUUGAAGAAGUCCAUGAUGAUGGCACUCCCACUAGCAAAACAUUUGAGCAUUUGGCAAGUGAGAUUGGGGCCGAAGAAGCCGAAGAGGUCGGAGUUGAGCAUUUGCUUCGAGAUGUCAAGGACACGACAGUUGGAACGUUAUCCCAGCGGAUUACAGCUCAGCUAUUGGGCCUGAAAGGACUCCUGAAACAAGUCCGACACAUACACGAAUACUUGGAUCAGGUGGUUCAAGGAAAACUUCCCGUUAAUCAUGCUGUAGUUUAUCAGCUUCAAGAUAUCUUUAAUUUGUUGCCUGAUGUUGCCGAUCAACAGUUCGUCAAGUGCGUUCAUACUAAAACAAACGAUCAAAUGCUGGUAGUCUACCUUGCAUCGCUUACUCGAUCAGUCAUCGCCCUGCACAACCUUAUCAACAACAAACUUACGAACCGUGACGCCGAACGUCGCAAAGACGAGAAAGACAAAGAAGGAAAAGAGAAAAAAGAAGAAAAGAAAGAAGAGAAGAAAGAGGAGCUGGCAAAAGACAAGAGAUCAAGAGGUAUCAAUCACGGGCUGGAAAUACAUCCAGAAGUAAUUGACUAUGCUCACGAAAAAUUACAAGCAUUCAUCAAGGUUAAUUCCGCGGUGGACGAGUACGAUUUCUGUGUCCCACAAUUUGAGCAAGGAAAUUGUUUGUCAUUGGCUGCAACCGAUCGGCAAUACGAUCGAAUCUAUUGCGGGGCAGCUUGCCCAGAAGUUUAUAACAAUUACAUCAAGCAACUUGUCGUUAUUGGUGGAAUACUAGUCAUGCCAGUGAAUGAUGAACUCCUGCAGAUCCGUCGAACUGAUGAGAAAUCAUGGUCAAUUCACCGAAUCUUACCGGUUUCUUUCUCUUCGCUAGUACUCCCACAACAAGAUUUCGCCGAGGACACCGUUCUACCUCCCAUAAAUCCAUACAGCUUACAGAACCUUUGCCGAAUACGUAUACGUUCCGUACUUCGAAGUAAAGUAAGUGUAGAACAUCCUGAUUUGUGGGCUCGCAGCCGGAAGCAACCCAAGGAGGCAAAAAGGCCAGUUAUGCGUCGGUGCGUGGUGCCCUUGUUCACGAAUACCGACACUGAUAGUGAUUCACCAGUUGAGAUGGAGCCUGCGGAUGCUGAUGAAACUUUGUCUGAUGAAUCCUCUGAAAACGAAUCUGUUCCCCAAAAUAACGAAGAAUCGUUGAUGGACCGACGGGCUGGCGUGCGAUCCGCGGAGUCUAUGAGUGAUUCUGAGGAUGUAGGCGCUAAAACGAAGCGUGAAAAAUUCGACAGCGGCGUUAGCGAUCUCUUUGAGUCUUUACCGUCUUCUGUUAGUGAGCGAAGUUCGUCUUCAUCUAAUCAGUCGCCCGCUGGAGAAUCAUCAGCUAGACCGUCCUCAUCCUCUGCCGGCAAUUCACCAAUUAGCGGUGGUGUUGGGACAACUCCACCAGUUGCCGAAGCGGUCGCUGCUACACUUCAAUCGGCUGAAAGGCGAGUUAGAACUCGAGGACCUCGACCAGGAAUUCGACUUAUUACGCAUUCUCUCCGUGCAGAAGAGAGAGAAAGAGCUGCUUUACUCAUAUUUGAAAGUCAUAUGGAAGGUGAAGAAACAACUUCUGAAUCAGACGAAGAUGAAGGAGCCCUUAGCGAUACUAACGAGACCCCAGAUUCCAGUCUCGUUACUCCCGGCAAAGGCAUCUACAAGGAAAAUGAGCUCCUUCGAGCAAAAUUGGAUUUGCUUAGCAAAACUAACAUGGUGGAUUUUGCCAUGGAUGUUCACAAAAACCUGUAUCCAGACCAGGAAAUUCCUCCAACCUUGAAAGACAAGCGUACUGUUGUUGUCGAGCAAUUGAAAAAAAUGCAGGCAGAAACUGAACCAAUUCUGGCAAUGUUUAUGAAUCCAGAAGUUACCCGACAAAUUCAGUCUUCUAGAGAUUCAAGGCAGUUGUUAGAUUAUCUUACCAAGAACCAUGGCCUAAAACCAGAAAUGCUUGACAAACUUUACCUGUUUGCCAAGUUUCAGUACGAGUGUGGUAAUUACAGUGGUGCUGCAGAGUAUCUUCACUUUCACCGCUUUUUAGUUACUCCUAACGAUAAAAACUAUUUGAAUGGAUUAUGGGGCAAAUUGGCCUCUGAAAUUCUUAUGCAGAACUGGGAUACAGCUCUGGAAGACUUGAACCGAUUGAAAGAAUAUAUUGAUAGCAACACAUUCAAUACCCCACUUCAAGCUUUGCAGCAAAGGACUUGGCUUAUUCAUUGGUCUUUGUUCAUUUUUUUCAAUCAUGCCAAAGGCCGAGACUUGAUUGUAGAAAUGUUACUCUAUCAAAAUCAGUAUCUAAAUGCUAUUGAAACCAUGUGCCCCCAUAUUCUUCGGUAUUUGACCACUGCUGUUAUUAUCAACAAACAGAACCGCCGCACAAUGUUAAAAGACUUAGUGAAAGUCAUUCAACAAGAAUCAUAUGCCUAUCGUGACCCGAUUACAGAAUUUAUCGAACAUCUGUAUGUGAAUUUCGAUUUUGACGCCGCCCAACAGAAGUUGCGUCAGUGCAAGGAUGUCUUGCUGAACGAUUUCUUUUUGGUUGCAGUUUUGGAUGACUUUAUCGAGAAUGCUCGGCUCAUGAUUUUUGAAACAUUUUGUCGCAUUCACCAGUGCAUCAGUAUCAAAAUGCUGGCAGAAAAAUUGAACAUGACUGCCGAAGAUGCUGAACGCUGGAUAGUAAAUUUGAUUAGGAAUGCCCGUCUAGACGCGAAGAUAGACUCCCAGCAAGGACAUGUUGUAAUGGCCACCCAAACCGUGUCUCCCUACCAACAACUAAUUGAGAAGACCAAGAUGCUCUCCGUACGUUCCCAGAAACUCGCGGCCGAUAUCGAGAAAAAACUCAACGUCCGUAACGCAGAUAUACCUGACUACGCAACUCGUGUCUGCCAUAAUAUGACCACCUCCCUUCCCGUAUUCUCUAUCCUCUACCCCUCCAUUCGACGUUAUACAGUCAAGCAGUCCCGUGAAUCUGAAAGUCCAGUCGACUGCCAGUCCUUAAAGCGAAGAGGGGGACUUUUACACAACCUGCUGUGUUCCGUGAAUCGGGUCAUACGAACUCCAUUUUAUUUACAAGGGUGGUUCGAGGCGUUGUCUCUUGCUCUUUACUCUAUCAGUGAAUCCAUCGCUAUCGUUAUACCGAAGAUGGUGAAGGGUAAGAAAGCAGACACCACUGGAGUAAAGCUGAAUUCCAUCCAGGCUGGUGCCGAAAAUUCGUCUUCCCAACCACAGUCUCCACCAUCACAAGCUCAGAAAUCACUUAAAGAUUUGGAUGAAACUCCUCCGCCUUCUCGCUCGCCGUCACCUCCACCGUCUCCUACGCAUUCGGCCAGAUCCCGUGAAUCUCAGUGGUCCAUCGAUAUCGAAGAAUUGAGCGAUGAACCCAGAUCAGCCGUUCCAACUAAAAAAGACAACAAACGACCUGAUAGACGACGUUCGAGCUCUUGGUCACGCAGCCUCAUGAAUUCGUUUAGGAAAAAGAAGAAUAAGGAAGCAAAUUUAGAAGCUCUUUACAAAACUGGACCGCUUCCCGAUGACUUUCCCGCCAAAUCGGAUGAAGAAUUGGAUCUUACACUCCAGUCAAUUGAACCAGCGGUUACCGUAGUAGUUGAGGAAAGGACAGGUCCCGUCGAAAAUGUUCAAAUUGAUGAAUCUAUGGAGGAAACUAAAACAUCUGUUCCCGUUCAAGACGAAGCGGCCAUAGUAGCGGAAACAAGGACAAAAGCUCCUUCUGUUGAAAGAAGUAUCAGAAUGUCGAAAAUGUUGAGCUUUGGAACAUUUGGAAGACGGAAAUCUAUGACGGCCCCCCAAGAACAGUCGAAGAGCGAUCAUCAAGAAAGUGAAAACCAAGAAAAUCCGGAAAUUGAAGUGGAAGCUGAACAGGAAAAGAAACCCGAAAGCAAAUUAAAACCUAAGGCGGACAAGAAAGGAAAACUUGAUGAGGUUGAUGGAGAAAGCGGAGAAGUGAAACCAGAAGGCAAAUCGAAUAAAAGGGAGAAAUCCAAGUCAAAAGAGAGGAAAUUCAUGAAAAAUGAAAAGGAGAAAUUGGAAGAAAAUAUUCAGGUUAUUGACGAAAUACAAAUUGAAGCGGGAAGUGUGCCUAUUCCAACCGUUGCCAAAGUAGAAGACAAAGAAAAGUCCAAAUCAUCUUUGAAAAGGCCAACUGUUGCCAAAGUAGAAAAAAAAGAAAAGUCAAAAUCACUGAAAAAGCCUUCCGUUGACAAAGUAGAAGAAAAAGAAGAAAAAAAGUCCAAAUCGUCGUCGAAAAAGCCAACCGCUGACAAAGAAGAAAAAGAGUCGAAAUCGUCGGUGAAAAAGUCAAAGUCAAAUCACAAGUCAAUUUUUUCUUUCAAAGUUAAAUCCGUAGAAAAAGUUCAACCAGAAAUGGACGUCGAAGAAGUGCAGCUUACCGACCAAGAACCGGAAUCGACUUCUAAUACAGCAGUCACGAAAAGCGAAUCCCCCCCUUCAACUAAGGUGAAGCCCAAACGAAAAUCUAUUGCCGACUUGUUCAAACGCGAAAAGAGUAUCAAGGAAGAAGAGAUUCCAACGGAAUCAGAAUUCCCGCCUUCGAAAAAAGCUGGAAUGUUUCGCAAUUCGUUUGCAAGAAGUAAGAAAACCAAAUCGAUGGACGUGGAAACUAUUCCACACGAAGAAAUACCAGAAAAUGACAAGAAAACUCGCCGAUCCACGUCCGUGGCGUUUGGCAGUUCGUUCAGCUUGAAAAAGAUGUUCCAUAGCGAUUCACCAUCAGACUCGGUCGAUCAAACUCCUGAUGGAAUUUUGAACAAACGAAGCAAGAAAAAUUCCUCGGCUCGACCCAAAUCUGUGCAACUCGAUGGUAAUCCUCUUCAAAUUGAAAAUGUCUCAGUUAAUUCUCAAACAGAGUUGAGAUCCUCCCGAAGCAAAUUUGGGGAGCGUUUCAUGUCCUUCACAAGAGACUCGUUGAGGAUCAAAAAGCAGCAACGGUCUAAAUCUGAUGACCGAGUAUUAGCAGAAGUAGCAGAUGAAACCCUUCCAGUGCCCAUCGCAAUCGAGGCGGAAGACAAAAAUGUGACAGCUCCUAACGCCACUGAAAAAGAGGGGAUGAGAACAAACGCCAGUGAAAUACCUGCAAAUCCUGUUGCUGAAUCCGUGACGCCCGAAGUUCAAGUAGACGAAGCUGUCAUCCUUUCAACUUUGCAUCUGGAUUAUGAGCCUAAACAUGCUUUGGUUUCCUCGUCGCCGCCAACUUCACCUGAUGAAAAUCCCUCCGAUGUCCAUAGCAACAUCGCAAUUGCCAAUCCGUCAUCGCUCGUGGAUGCUCCGAGACAGCUGGAGAAUCCGGCACCGGAUGAGCCGCAAAAGGCAGUAGCUGUUUCUACAGUUGAGGCUUUGAGGGAAAUCUUUCUUGUCGAGACGCUUGGCGAAGUCCUUGGACAACUAAAAACGUCCCCUUCAUCUGAAGGAGCACAACUGAGAGAAAUAUUUGAAAACCCUCAUCUUACAGCAUUAUUGGAAACGCACGACGCUGUCACAGAGAGACUACCCUCCAGACAAGGGUCCGUUGAGGAAUCGCCAUUCGGAGACUUUGAUCCAUAUUCUUGGGAAAUGCCGGCCGACAUAAGUGAUGUGCGUGCAGUGGGUAUUAGAAAAAAUCCUGGCGAGCCAUUGGGACUGACAGUGAAAACGGAAGAUGGACAGUUGGUCAUUGCAAGGAUUUUAGCCGGAGGAGCGGUAGAUCGCCAGGGACUUCUACAUGUUGGUGACAUAAUUGGCGAAGUAAACGGUAUUGUUGUUCGGUCGGCAGAACAGCUGCAGGUGGAAAUCGCACGUUGCAGAGAACACAUUCAACUGAAAAUCUUACCAAGUUUCCAAGAGAAUGGUUCGAAUGGGGCACAGGUAGGCCAAUCGCCUAGCACAAUCCUGGCUUCCGAGACUCUCAACAGCGUGUCCGUGUGUUGCGUUCGAGCUCACUUUGACUAUGAUCCUAAAGAUGAUAAGCUCCUCCCGUGUCCUGAAAUUGGUCUCGCUUUCAAAAAAGGAGAUAUUUUGCAGGUUGUGAAUCAAAGCGAUCCCAAUUGGUGGCAAGCCAAGAAGGUGGGCUGGAGUGGCCCAGCUGGUUUAAUUCCUUCACAAGAGCUGGAGGAACGUCGCAAAGCGUUUGUGGCACCAGAAGCAGAUUUCGUUCAUAAAAUUGGCUUCUGUGGAACUAGGAUCUCAAAAAAGAAAAAAAAGUUAAUGUACCAAAUCAAAUCAAGUGUUGAUUUGGAUAAAGCCGAGCUACUCCUUUACGAAGAGGUUACUCGCAUGCCACCGUUUCGUCGGAAGACUUUGGUACUGGUAGGAUCGGAGGGCAUCGGGCGACGUACAUUAAAGAACCGGCUUAUCAACAGUGAUCCUGAUCGUUUUGGAACCACCAUGCCUCACACGUCCCGGCCGAUGCGUGAAUUGGAGGAGGAUGGUAUGGGCUACUGGUUCGUCUCGCGCGAAGAAAUGGAACACGACGUCCGUGAUCAUCAGUUUCUCGAGUUUGGAGAGCACAACAAUCAUAUCUAUGGCACAAAGUUAGAUACCAUCCGCGCCGUAAUCCGUCAGGGCAAAAUGUGCGUUCUUGACUGCAGCCCGAAUGCAUUAAAAACUCUACACAAUUCACCAGAGUUCAUGCCUUAUGUCAUCUUUUUAGCUGCACCUGGAAUGGACCAGUUGAAAAGUCUUUACGAGAACUCCCGAUAUUCCAGCCGGAAUUUGGGAACGUUCGAUCGUUCCAGUUCCAUUCGUUUCAGUUCGAGAAGAGCACGUACUCUCGAAUCCCUGACAUCUUUAUACGAGGAAGAGGAUUUCAAAAACGCCUUGGAAGAGAGUGCUCGUAUUCAGCGAAUUUACGAGAAAUAUUUUGAUCAGAUUAUUAUUAAUGAAGAUCCCGAUCAAACUUUUCGCAAAGUGGUUGAAGCAUUGGAAAUUCUUUCCAACCAGCAUCAAUGGGUCCCCGUCUCAUGGGUCUACUAGACGAAAAACCAAUAACAAAACGAAUUCAUUGCCAAUUAAAUUUCAAGCGAUUUUUUUGAUUCAUUGUAUUCCUUCUUCCUCAUACUUAUUUGACCGCAUGCAGCCCACAGGUCCUGAACUUCUAGAUCUUCCAAGAAACUGAAAACUUUAUACGUCCAUCUGUUCACGUCACGUCUCCUCGUAUGACAAAAGGGACAAAGUUGAGUUAUUUUAUACACACAAAAUUUAUUCAUUCAUUUGAUUGAGUACUUUCUAAGCAGCACCGUUUUAGAUUUUGUGACAGAGAACUUGACAUAUCCUUAAUUUUGAUUGUCAUUCAAUAUAAUACCUGAAGUGCUAAUAUGAAAUGAGAGAUCUUUCAAAAACAAGAAGAUUAUUAAGGUUAAAUGUUGUGUAGGUAGCUUUUAGGCUCUCUAUACCUAGGGCAACAUUUUGUUUGCAUGAAAGUGUGAAUGUCUAUGACGUGCGAUACAUCGAUCUUUAAUUGCAACAUGUAAAGCCCUCCGCAAAAGCAGCUGUAACUUCAAAUUCUCUGUUCUUAUGUAGUUCAGCCAUAAUCUAUUGAUCAAAAUGGAAUACAAGUAAGUGCAAGAUGUU